AUGAGCAUAGGCUCUGGUCUGGGCUCGGCCAUGGGCUUGCCCUCGCCCGGCAUAUCAAUUGAAUUCCACGACGGGGACGGUGAUGCGGGCUUACCCUCCGCGCUUGACCACCCGAACUCUGCGCCCGCCCACAUCCAGCAGUUCAAGAGCCCGAUGCGACACCAUAGGAGGACGCCAUCUGCGCAUCGCGAAGUAAAGGAAACUCUCAAUGCGCGGUCCGAGUACAUGAGCGACGACUUGGAUGGCCAGUAUCACCAUUGUAUCAACCAGUACAUCCUCAAGGACGAGAUUGGCCGCGGCUCAUACGGCGCCGUCUACCUGGCCACGGACCAGUUUGGCAAUGAAUUCGCCGUCAAAGCCUUCUCCAAAUCGAGGCUGCGGAAGCGCGCGCAGUCCAACAUCCUCCGUCGGGGCCCUAGGGGCCUUGGUGGCUUCCCUCCCCGCGUAGGCUUCGGUGCUCCCGAUGCCGCCAACACGCGCUUCUCAGACCAAAAGGCGCGCGAAUCCCAGGACGCCCUCUUCCUCAUCCGCGAGGAGAUCGCCAUCAUGAAGAAACUCAACCACCCCAAUCUCGUGCAGCUCAUCGAGGUCCUCGACGACCCCGAAGAGGACUCUCUAUUCAUGGUGCUAGAGAUGUGUAAGAAAGGCGUCGUCAUGAAGAUAGGGCUCGGCGAGCCGUCAAAGCCCUAUCCCGAGGAGGAAUGCCGCUGCUGGUUCCGGGAUCUGAUCCUGGGCAUCGAGUAUCUUCAUUCCCAAGGCGUCGUGCAUCGCGACAUCAAGCCGGAUAACCUCCUUCUCACCGGGGAUGACGUUCUCAAGAUUGUCGACUUUGGCGUGUCUGAGAUCUUUGAAAAGACUGACGAGAUGCGGACCGCCAAGCCGGCCGGCUCCCCGGCUUUCCUCCCCCCCGAGCUGUGCGUCGCCAAACACGGGGAUGUCUCUGGCAAAGCAGCCGACAUCUGGUCCAUGGGAGUCUCGCUCUAUUGCCUGCGCUAUGGCAGGCUCCCAUUUGAAAGAGACAAUGUGCUCGAAAUGUAUGAGGCGAUCAAGACCGAGACGCCACAGUUACCUCCCGACGAAAACGCCGAUUUUGUAGACCUGAUGGGGAGGCUAAUGGAGAAAGACCCAGAGAAGAGAAUAACGAUGGCCGAGCUCAGGGAACACCCUUGGGUGACAAAAGGGGGCGAGGAUCCUUUGCUCAGUGCCGAAGAGAACUGCUCUGACCCUGUUGAUCUUCCCAACGCGCUCGAAGUUAACCACGCCUUUACACGGAGGAUGAGCCACCUCCUCUGCGUGGUGAAAGCGAUAAGGAAAUUCAAGAGCCUUCUGGGUCCCAAGGGUGAUGGGGUACCGCCCCAGGAACUACCGUCUUCGACUGAACCGGAGAAGGAUACGACACGGCAACCAGAUGCUGUGAGUGGCGAAAAGGAAGAACAGCCAUUGUUGGAGGGAGGAGAUUCCACGGUCGACCACGCGAAACGUGUCUUGAUGGAGCGCGAGAACUUCCUCAAGCUCAAAGGCAACACGCGCGGAAAUGCCAGCUCGAGGGGGCGACAGGCGAUGCACGACCUGACCAUAACGACAGACAGCGUAGAUACCCUGCUGCUCGGCAUUGGGACGGGCGGUAUGGACGAUUUCUCGCGCGAGGCACCUGAGGCCGACAUCAUCUCGGACUCGCCCACCGUUGUCGACUUUAACAUUUACGACCAAGCCUUCGAGGCCGAAGUUGACCGCAUCAAGAGGUCCUCGAGCCUUCGCAGGGGCGGCGGGGACAACAGCCGCAAGGGAACGGGCACGCUCUACCACACCAAACUUAACGAGAGGAGCCACUACAGGACAGACGACGAGAACCUGACUUGGGCAGCCCCAACCGCGGGAGGCUCCAAAAGCGAGGCGGUUCCUCCCAAACGAAGUGGCUUCAAGUUUGCACAGCUGGUAGCACAGGCCGUCCAAGACGCAAAGGACGGCAAGGAAAAGGCUGCAGCCCAGUGA